CUAACUAUCACCCAACGGCUCAAAGUACUUAUCACCUGAUGGCUCAAGCCCAGUCGACGGAACCCAUGGCCUUUUGAGCUCGCUGAGCUUCCCACCCCCACUCUGAACACCUUCGAUCCCACGACACCAUGGCGGCUCCCAGCACAGUCCCCGGCGCGGCAUACGAGGAGGACCAGAAAGUUGCGACCUCUGUCGACGUUCUUGAUGUCGACGACUCGGCGCAUGGCGACCUCGGUCACACGCCGCGGACCAAGCGCCCACUCGGCACGCGCAUCAAGGACUUUGGCAAGUCGCUGGGCUCCAAAGACGCCUGGUUCGCCGACUACGACUACGGGGCGCUGUUUAUUCCAAACAUCCCUGGCGUUUUUAAGAAGCGCGAGCUUCCAUUCUACGGGCCUAACGACAAGCUGCCAUACCUUCUCAUCAUCAUUUUGGGUCUGCAACAUGCUCUCGCGAUGGUUGGUGGGCUCGUCGUCCCACCUUUACUUCUAGGCGGUGUCACUGGCGCCAACCUCCCUACCGAGAUCCAGCAGUACCUGAUCUCGGCCUCCCUCAUUUGGUGUUCGGUUGGAACUGUCAUCCAAAUUCAGCGCACUCGUCUUUUCGGCACUAGGUAUUACAUUGGCACCGGAAUCGUCUCCGUCACCGGCACUUCAUUUGCCUUUGCCAACGUUGCCCUCAAGUACCUCCAGCAGUCCUACGAGAAUGGCACCUGCCAGACUCUGCCUGACGGCACCAAGCUGCCUUGUGAGGCCGAGUUUGGCGCUAUCCUCGGCACGACGGUCGCCACCGGCGCGUUUGCUAUCGCUCUCGCCUUCGUGCCUCCCCGCAUCAUUCGCAAACUUUUCCCACCCCUCAUCUGUGGUCUCAUGCUUACCCUCAUUGGUGGCGUCCUCAUCACUUCGGGUGUGCAGAACUGGGCUGGUGGCGCUGGCCCCUGCCGCAACAACCACGAGAUUGACUGCAUCGCUGGAGACCGCCGUCACAAGUGGGGCUCGGCACAGUUCCUCGGUCUCGGUCUCUCAUGUUUCGUGGUCAUCAUCAUCUGCGAGGUCUUCGGGUCCGCCUUCAUGAAGUCCGCCGCCGUCUUCCUGGGUCUGCUUGUCGGUCUCGCCAUCGCGGCCGGUACUGGGUACUUCAACAAGAAGGCUAUGAGCGACGCCCCUGGAGCUACUUUCCUUUUUGUCCACCGCUUCCCCCUCGCGGUCCGUGCCCAGCUGGUCUUGCCGAUGAUUGCGGCUUGGUGCAUCAUCAUUGUCGAGUGCAUUGGCAACAUCACCGCCUCGUGCGAUGUCUCCGGUCUCGAGAUCGAGGGCGAGCGGUUCAUGUCGCGAAUCCAGGGCGGUAUCCUCUCUGACUCAAUCACCGCUACCAUCGCUGGUCUUAUGACCGUCCCCGCCCUCACCACCUUCGCCCAGAACGCCGGCGUUAUCGCCCUUACCCGCAAUGCCUCGCGCUCAUCCGGUUACGCCUGCGCCUUCUUCCUGCUGCUCAUGGGUCUCAUCGGCAAGUUCGGUGCCAUCUUCGUCGCGGCGCCUCCCGCGGUCAUUGGUGGCUUCACCACCUUCCUCUUUGGUGCUGUCACCACCUCGGGUCUUCGUGUUAUGGCCUACGCCAAGUGGUCUCGCCGCGAUCGUUUCGUCGUGUCCGUCUCGGCAGCCAUGGGUUUCUCGUCCCUCUGCGUCCACGAUUGGUUCUCCUACAUCUUCACUUACGAGGGCGACAACACCGGUCUUAAAGGUUUUAUCCAGGCCAUCACUCUCAUCGUCCAGGAGCCCUACCUGAUCGCGGCCGUCCUCGGAGUAUUCCUCAACCUCGUGCUCCCAAGCGAAGACGACGAGGAGGUGGACAACACGCACUAAAGGUUGCGAGAGGGAGAAGGGACUUCAGAAGUGACGACAAGCGUUUAGGUUGACACAGCGCAUAAGCGACACUUGUGGCUGGCCGGCUGGGUUUGCAAGGUCGAUUUUUAGGUCGACGAGGGCACGAAGGUCGGGGUCGGUCGGACAGGUAGACGCGCGGGCGGCUUCGCCAUAGUGCAGCGAGCUGCACCGACGAAAACUACUGCGCACCAGUAUGGGCUGCGCCAUGCAUCAGCUGUUUCCAU